AUGCAGUCCCCAGCGGCGGAGAAUAUGGCCCUUCACGUCUAUCGAGCUACGAAUAAUGCAGAGUACCAGCGAUUGUUUGAUCAAACACGGAGAUCGAAGCUGGAAAUAAUUCAAAAAGAGAUCAAACAGAUCAACGAAAAUGGGGCCAGAAGUAAGUGGCUCGAGGGAAAGACACUGCAAGAGAACAUCGAAGAACGACGAAAGAUUAUUGAUAUCAUUGACAAAUUGAUUGAUGUUGGCAGUUACCCAGCAGGCGGACGACUCAAUAAAAUAUUCCCAGGGUUGUUACCAGAUCCUGGCCCAAGCAAAUACUGGAAUUUCAGCAGCGACCAACCACUUCAAUGGUCCUCACCCUUGGUUCCAGGCACUAGCCGGGGCUAUACUCAUAUGCCAACGACAACUGAAACACUGACAACAAAAGCCAUACUGGCAACAGAUGGAAAUGUGGCAGCAGUGCCAGUGGAAACUCGUUCUGUCCAUGGUUUCAUCCCUACAAGCCAGACACGACAGGCUUCUUCGCAAAGUAUUGAAUUAUACUCCAUGCCAAAUCAUGGUGUCAAUACGCUGCAAAACCGAGUGAGGGCUGCCCCACAGAAUGUUCCCCAAACAAGAUCGCCAAUGGAUUCGAUGCCGUUCAGAAAGUUUCAGCCGUCCAAACAACUGCUAAAUAAACCUCGCCAAACAAUCCCAGAGAUUAUAUAUCGUGCUCAGCAUGCAGGGGUGGGCAUCGGGGCCACAAAGUAUCGUGGCGAUCUUGAUGGAUAUACACUCGAGAAUGCCCAGACGCCCGAGCACCUGAAUUGUGCUGUGUUCAUCAAGGGGAUCCCCCCGCAGGUGACCGAUGGCGAAAUAUUCGCCACAAUUACGGAGGGCAAAGUGUUCUCAUACUUUAAGAAGCCACAGUAUGGCCGAUAUACUACUUGUGCGGCAACGAUAACAUUUAUGGAUAGGGAUUCUGCGGAGCGGUACAUGAAGAAGUGCCAAAGGCCAAAUGGGAUGGUGAUUGGCGGUCAGCGGGUCCACGUUGUCUGGAGCUUCCAUCCAGUCGGACCGGUAGUUUGCAGCGAGAUGCACCAAUCGCGAGUUCUAAGAGUGAAGGGCCCAGAGGACUCCAUUGAUGUGGCCGUCAUUGAGAAAUUCCUCCAUCAAUACGUGGUUUUUAAGUUGGUUAACCGAUGCGAAUUCAUUAAUUCUCGUGGUGAAAAGACAGCAGAGCUGGCCUUCUGCUCCAUUCGAGGGCAAAGUCGGUUGGCAAUGAAGUGCCUUGCCGAGGAGAUCCAGGUACGGGGCUGGAAUGUUACGGUUCAAUACGGCCCUGAUCCGUGUGACGCCGACCGUCACAUAUUGGCGAAUGCCUCCUCGUUCCCAAAUCGCUCUAUCUAA